GUUGCUCGGUCAUGUCUGCGGAGUAGCCUUAGCUUUUGGUCAGAGAACGCCGCCGCUUUUCCUCAGCCAUGGGACGCCCCGUUCUCGUUUCUUUCGGGACUGCUGCUCGGCUUCGGCGUCUCUGGCCUGGAGCUUUGGUCUGGUUGCGUCUCUUGUUCUUGCUCUCGGAUCUGCAGGGAGGCACCACCAGCCCUGUCGUAGCGGCCCAGAGCAGCUUCGAUUACCAGGCACUAUGCAGGUAUACGUGGGAAGCAGUUGAUCCACAGAAAAAUGUACGCUAUGAAAUAAAUCCCUGCGGUGGUAUUGACAGGUGUAACAAAUCCAGUGCCGUUUGUUUCACGGACAUAAGAACUAAUCACUCUUUUUCAGUUGGUGAUAUCUCACUUACAAGGAAUACUAAACUGCUCCUGGAAUUCAAUACGACAAAGCCUUGUCCACAGCAAAGUAGUCAACAUCUACAAAGCAGCAUCAAUUUCUACUGUGGGAAGACUCUGGGUUCGCCAGAAUUUGUGGCUUCAACAGACUGUGUGCACUACUUUGAGUGGAAGACACAUGUUGCAUGCAAGAAGGAUUUGUUCAAACCAAAGAAAGAGGUGCCCUGCUAUGUGUAUGAUGGCUUGAAGAAACAUGACUUGAAUCCAUUGAUUAAGACUUCUGGAGCAUACUUGGUUGAUGAGUCAGAAGAUGAUGUAGAGCUACAUAUAAACAUCUGUAGAAACAUAGGUUUGAACCUCAGAAAGUCUGGUGCAACUAGGAAUUGUCCGGAGGACGCUGCAGCUUGCUUGUUGAAGGAUGGCCUUGCACUUGACAUGGGACAGCCUAAAGAUCAACUCAAGUUUGAAAGAAACAGGCUUGUUUUGACAUACGAGAGACAAUUUAGCCAUCAGGAAGAGAAGCCAGACUUCUGUCAUGGACAUAACCCAGCAGUGACUAUUACUUUUGUCUGCCCACAGGGGAGGAGAGGAGAGGGCACAUACCCCAAACUCACUGCUGAGAGCAACUGUCGGUACGAGAUUGAAUGGGUUACAGAAUCUGCUUGUCACAGGGAUUACUUAGAGAGUAAAGAUUGUACUCUGACCAGUGAGCAGCAUGAUAUCUUUGUAAAUUUGACACCUCUCACACAAGAUCCUGGCUAUGUAUCAGCUUAUCUUGCUAAAGAUGAAGAAGAGUAUUACUAUUACCUUAAUGUAUGUGGGAAAACAACUGCAGGCAACUGUGGAAAUGACGGCUAUAUUUCUGCUUGCCAAUCCAAACCUCACAGUAAGCAGCAUAAAGUGGCAGGAAGAUUUGCAAAUCAAACCCUCAGGUAUGCUGAUGGGGACCUCAUCCUAACGUACCCAGGAGGAGACACUUGCAGCUCUGGUUUCCAGCGGAUGACUGUCAUAAACUUUGAAUGCAAUCAAACAGCAGCCAAUGAUGGCAAAGGAGCCCCAGAGUAUGUAGGUGAAACAGACUGCACAUAUUACUUCACAUGGGAGACGAAAUAUGCCUGUGUUGGAGAAAAGGAAGGUCUCCCUUGCAGGAUUGUGGAUAAGAAGAAGCACUAUGACUUGUCACGACUGAUCCGCCAUUCUGAGUCGGAGCAGAACUGGGAGGCUGUAGACAGUACUCUUGCGGAAGCAGAAAAGAAACGCUUUUUCAUAAAUGUCUGUCACAAUGUACUUCAAAAAGGAGGAGCAGCAAACUGUUCAGAAGAGGCAUCCAUUUGCUCGGUUGGAAAAAAUGGUGCAAAAAACCUUGGGACAUUCAUGUCACCUCCCACAAAAGUCGAAGAGUCUAUUCAGCUUGUCUAUUCCAAUGGCGAUUCCUGUGGGCAAAACAGGAAAAUUGAAACCAGGAUAUCCCUUAUAUGCAAGCCAGGUGAUCUGGAAAGUGCUCCUGUUUUGGUGAACUCCGAGUAUGAUGAGUGCUUGUAUAAGUUUGAAUGGCAUACUGCUGCUGCCUGUGUCCUGUCUAAAACAAAAGGUGACAACUGCAGGGUGUCUGACUCGCAAGCAGGAUUUUCAUUUGACUUAUCACCCCUGAUGACGGAUAAGAGCUAUGAAGUAAAUACGAGUGAUUAUAGCUUUCAUAUCAAUAUUUGUGGCGCUGUGCCAGACGUGCUCUGCGGACAAAAUUCAGCAGCGUGCCAAGUAAAGCGAAGUGGCGAAGGUAAAUGGAGUCUGGGAGUUCCCAGUUCUGAGCUCUCCUACUAUGAUGGAAUGAUUCAGCUGGACUACAAAAAUGGCACAAUCUAUAAUAAUCAGGAGCACACACAUCGGUCUACCCACAUAACUUUCUUGUGUGAUCGUGAGGCAGGCGUAGGUCAGCCUGAAUACCAGGAGGAAGACAAUUUCACAUAUAACUUCAAGUGGUACACCAGCUAUGCCUGUCCAGAAAUACCCAUAGAAUGUGUUGUCAUAGAUACACAAACCAUGGAGCAGUACGAUCUUUCAAGUUUAUCAUUGUAUGGAGACAGAAAGGAAAACUGGUUUGCCAUGGACAACUCAGAAGAGGGCUCACGCAAAAAAUAUUACAUAAAUAUCUGCCGUCCAUUGAACCCUGUCCCAGGCUGUGACAGACGGGCAUCAGUCUGUGAAAUGACAUACAAGAACGUUGCUACUGGUUCCUCAGAAAUCACCUCCAUCAGCAGCCUUGGAAUUGCCAGUCACGGGCCAGUUAUUGAAGGGCCUGGAAGAAUCCUCCUAAACUACACCAAUGGAUCUUUGUGUGGCGAAGACAAGGCAGUGCCUUUCACAAGCCUAAUCCAUCUCAUCUGCUCCAAGGGUACUACUAGUAGCAGCCCAAGUUUCUUGGAGAUUAAAGAAUGUGUUGCAACGUUUCUGUGGGAAACUGAAGCUGCUUGUCCAGUUGCAAUAACAGAAGGAGACUCUCAGAGUUGUUCUGUAAAAGAUCCCAACAGUGGCUUUGAGUUUAACCUGGAACCAUUAGCUUCAGAAAAUGGAUAUCUUACCAUGGGCUUUGAGAAGGCAUACUUGUUAAAUAUUUGUGGACCUGCGAAUGUUUGUGGGACCGUUGACGGUAGUCCAGCUGCUGGGUGUGAAACGCAUGAUCUGAAACACGUUCAUUUGGUGAAACUGAAUAAAACCCUUCAACUAUCAACAGAAGGAUCUCUGACACUUACUUACACUGGACCAGCUGACCGUUUUACUGUGAACUUUAUCUGCAAUGAAUCCUACCCCGGAGAACUCAAAUUUGUGCAUGAAGAAAUGAAUUCUGCACAAAACUUCACCAAUAUCUAUUUUGAGUUUCAUACAGCCUUGGCCUGCCCACCUGCUCCAGUAGACUGUCAGGUUACUGAUUCUGCUGGCAAUGAAUAUGACCUAAGUGACUUGAGCAAAGACAGCAAGCCAUGGGUUGCACUAGAUACUUCGAAAGAUGCAAAAAUAAGGAGUUUCUAUUUGAAUGUUUGUAAACCUCUUCCCUACAUCCCUGGGUGCCCCAGUGGUACAAUAGGAGCUUGUAUGAAGAAUGCAGACAAAGGGCAGAGUCUUGGCGUGAUUCAGAUAAGUCCUCAAGCAGCCUCAGAUGGGUCACUUAGCAUUGUAUACUUGAAUGGGGACAAAUGCAGAGGUAACAAGCGGUACUCAACACGAAUCAUCUUCCAGUGCGAUCAGUCUAUGGGAUCACCAGUCUUCCAACAUGAAGAGGAUUGUGAGUUUGUGUUUCUCUGGCAGCACGUGGCAGCGUGUCCUGUGCAGAGAGCAGAAGGUGAGAAUUGUCAGGUGAAAGAUCCAAGGUAUGGUUAUGUGUAUGACCUGAAGCCACUUUCUGGGAAGGAAAUAAAAGUAAGCACUGAUGAAUAUGACUACUACUUCGGUAUCUGCCAGGGAUUGAGAACAACGAAGUGCAAAGAUCCACCCCAAAAAACUGAUGUAGUAUCAUCAUGUCAAGUAAAGAAGCAAAACCCAUCUAUUAAAAAAAUAGCAGGAUUAUACACCGCGAAGCUGACUUAUGAAAAUAGAUUGAUCAAGAUUAACUAUACCGGAGGAGAGAUAUGCCACAAAAUAUAUAAUCGGUCAACAGCUAUAUUUUUUUACUGUGACCCUCAUGACAGUUUGGAGCCUGUGUUCCUGAAGGAAACGGAAGAUUGUACCUAUAUGUUUGAAUGGCACACCCCUUUUGCCUGCCCCCCCUACAAAUCCAUAGACUGUUCCUAUAAAGAUAGUGAUGGCAACUCAUACGAUCUCUCUUCUCUUACACGGUAUAAAGAAAACUGGGAAGUAAUUUCAGAUGCUGGCUCCUUACAGAAAUAUUACAUCAACGUCUGUAAAUCUUUAGUUCCAUAUCAAAGUGCAGACUUCUGCCGACCAGAUACAGCAGUCUGCCUGAAGAAUGAGUCCAAAUAUGUCAACUUAGGUGAGGUGGCUGAGGGACUACGAAGAGAAAAUGGUGUUUUUGUUCUUAAAUACAUCAAUGGAGAUAAAUGUCCUGACCAGAUCCGCAAAAAGUCCACAAUAAUACGUUUGCUGUGUGAUGAAGACAGAAUUGACUCCAAGCCGGAACUCAUAACGGAAAUUGAGGAGUGUGAAUAUACUUUUCUGUGGCUCACUGCUGCUGCUUGUCCUCUGAAAAGCAACAUACAGAAUAAUUGCAAAGUAACCAACCCCCUUACAGGACAUCUCUUUGACCUUAACCCUCUAAAGAGGCAGGAUGGCUAUACUGUCCAUGACUUCAGGAACCGGAGGACAAUCCAACUUCAUGUGUGUGACGAAGCUAAAAGCCCCUGUGGUGGCGGAGUUGGUGUCUGCCUCACUGCUGGCCAGCAGCAAAUUAAUGCUGGAAGACUAAGCAAAAUGUUAACUUACGAAAAUAAAGUGUUGAAACUUGUCUACAAAGAUGGAGACCCUUGCCCUGGAAAUCCUGACUUGAAGUACACAAGUUAUUUCAGCUUUCUGUGCAGGCCCAAUGCUGGGCGUGGUAGCCAGCCUGUCAUCGAUGCCUUUGAUGAGACGACCUGCACUCAUGAUUUCUCGUGGCACACUCCCUUAGCCUGUGAAGAGGAGAGGGCGAUGGAAUGCUCUGUUAAAAAUGGCAGCACAAUAAUUGACCUCUCUCCUUUGAUCCAUCGAACGGGUUCCUAUGAGGCCUUUGAUGAAGAUGAUAUGACCAACCUUGUUCCAGACUUCUAUAUAAAUAUUUGCCAACCUCUAAACCCGAUCAAAGAUGUCAGCUGUCCACCUGGAACAGCUGUAUGCAUGGUCCCAGUGACUGGCAAUCCUGUGGAUAUUGGGCAUAUCCCUGCAAUCCCCCAACUCAACUCUGUGACAAAUGAAGUUUACAUUACUUAUAACAGUUCCACUCCUUGUUCCGCAAAUAAUGCGCUCAACUUUUCCUCUCGCAUUGUAUUUCAUUGCAACAGAGGAACAAAUAUGGGAAAGCCAAAAAUGAUACACAGACUUGACUGUGAAUACCUGUUUGAAUGGAGCACUCCAGUUGUAUGCCCUGAUGAAGUGGAUGUUUUGGGCUGCUCAGUGACUGAUGAGCGGUUACACUACACUUUUAACCUCUCCGGCCUUUCCAGGCAGUCUCACAAGGUUUCUUCCGGGUCUAGGAAUUACCAUGUUGGAGUGUGUUCCAGUGCAGCUGAUGUGCCCCAAGGAAAAUGCAAAGAUGCAGCAGUAUGCCUGGUCUCAGGCAUGAGUGCUGCCUCAUUUGGUAACAUAAAGCAAAUGAAGAUGGAUUAUCGGCAUCAAGAUGAAUCUAUCAUUUUGCAGUAUAAGGGAGGUGAUAGGUGUCCUCCAGUGACUGAAAUGGAUGAGCUUUGUGUCUUCCCUUUCUGGUAUAAGGGCGUCAGAUAUGAGAAAUGCGUUCUGGAAGGGCAACAACGGCCAUGGUGUGCUACCACUGAUGAUUUCCAAAGGGACAAAAAAUGGGGAUUUUGUGGAAAUGUAACUGGGCAUAGGGAGUCGACUUUUAUUUUCAAGUGUGAUGACAGCGCUGGUAAUGGGAGUCCUCGACUUUUAAGUGAGACCCUUGACUGUGCUGUGACAUUUGAAUGGAAAACACAAGUGGUGUGCCCACCCAGGAAAAUGGAGUGCAAAUUCAUUCAGCAGCACAAAACGUAUGAUUUGAGAGUGCUCUCCUCACUCACAGGAUCAUGGAUGUUUGCUGACAAGGACAGCUUCUACUACAUGAAUCUCUGUCAAAGAGUCCAUGAAGGGCCUUCUGGCUGCCCUGAGCAGGGGAGCCUCAGUGGGACUGUAGAAGUUCUGGGACUGGUACAUACACAGAUGCUGAAUGUGAUGGGUGAUAAAAUUCUUGUGAAUUACUCCAAUGGGCAUGAAUGUCUACCCAGACACAAGAAAGCAACAACAGUGAUAGAACUGAAAUGUGCAAAAACCGUUGGUAUGCCAAGACUGGCUAGGAUUGAUGAAGAAAAUUGUACCUAUUAUAUUACAUGGGAGACUCGGGCUGCUUGUGCAGUGAAACCUCAAGAAGUAGAAAUAGUGAAUGGCACGAUUACGAAUCCAGCAACUGGGAAGAAUUUCAGUUUGGGUGAUGUAUAUUACAAAUUAUACACUGCCUCUGGUGAUAUCAGACCAAAUGGUGACACCUACACUUACGAAAUUCAGCUUUCAUCUAUCAAUGAUACCAAGCAUCCAAAAUGCUUGGGAGCCAAUAUAUGCCAGAUUAAAACAUCGGGAGAAUUGUUCAGGAGAAUUGGGUCUUCUAGCAAAACUAAAUAUUAUAUUCAGGAUGAUGAUUUGGAUGUCGUGCUGUCUUCCAACUCCAAAUGUGGUAGAGAUGAUACAAAGUUUGCGUCCUCGACUAUUUUCUUCCACUGCAGCCAGCAGGCCAAAGAAGGCAUCCCCGAAUUCCUUCAUGAGUCAUCAGACUGCCAGUACUUGUUUACUUGGUACACCUCAGCAGUUUGUCCACUAGCAAACCCUGAGAAUACAAACAGCCAAGACUAUGUGGAAGAUCUCUUUCAUAAAGGCCUUUCUGGAAGAAGCCAAGCAGUUGGUGCAGUUCUGAGUUUGCUCCUUGUGAUUCUUACAGCAUGUUUAGUUAUCCUUUUGCUUCACAAAAAAGAGAGGAGGACAUCAAAUAUUUCCUAUAAGUACUCAAAGAUAAGCACUGAAGAAGUAAAUGAGAGUGAAAUCGAGUGGCUCAUGGAAGAAAUUGCUGCGCCAAACCAGAAGCUGGACAAUGAAGGGAAAGAAAAUGGCCAUGUCACCAGUAAAGCAGUUAAAUCAGAGACCCUCCCGUCCCUUCAUGUGGAUGACAUGGACAGUGAGGAUGAAGUUCUAACAGUACCAGAAGUGAAGAUUCAUUCAGCCAAGACCUUCCAGUCCAGGGGCUCCCACAGGAGUGUGCCUCAUCAGAAGGCAGGCGAUGAAGCUGGCCUGCUUAAUGGCGGCAAGAAUAGCAAAGGCAGCUCUGCUUUUGGCCAGCGGAAGCUGCGGAAUUUGACAAAUACAGCAUCAUUCCACGAUGACAGUGAUGAGGACCUGUUGAACGUUUAACCCAGUACUGUGCCUGAUCAAAAUUCCAUGUAUAUAGGAUAUGGGACAGCAAAACACUUCCAACCAAAUAUGAAGACUUUAGCUGCUGAUUACUUCUUCUUCUUUUUUUCCUGGCCUUUUGUAAGGGAAUGUUGCAGAGGGAGAGAAAUGGUCAAUCCUAGUUGUUUACAAUGGUCUCUUUAGUGGUUGCUGGACUUCUAGCAUUCAGUAAACUGAACUGUGGUAACUCUCCUAUGUCAGGGUUUGCAACCUCUACACCUCUCCUGACUGUAAAAGCCACACAAUGUUUUUGAAGGGUAGAAUCGAAUUUGAAUGAAGUCCCCUCACUUCUAGCUUCAAGAGGAGACUUGCGUUUUAACACUCUCAUUAAUUUAUUGCUCUCGCUACUCAGGUUCAUGGGAAUAAUAAGCAGCAUGUUCUUCCUGCAGGCAGGGUAUUUGUUCUACAGGCUUCCCCAUCACAUGAAGCAGAGAUUGAGGGGUUUUUUUGCGUGUCCGCCAGGUUGGUUUGAUGUACAUUUUAGAGCUGAUCUGAUGAAGCUCGCCUGUAAAUUUGACUCCUGUAUCCUAACUUAAAAUGGCUUGUUAUGAUUUGAAAACUGUUUUUACUGAAAGGUACAUAUCUUUAGAGCUUUAGCCUAGAACAGUGGCUGUUCUUUGCAUGGUGAAGUCUCCCUUCGGUACUGAUCACACAAAUCCUUUCAUCAGUAUUUUUUAAAAAGCGAUUAAAGCACCCAAAGAUCUCCUUCAACAAUAGUUGGGCUGAAAAUAUGGUCACUUUUCAGAUGAGCUUCAGUCUUCUGCAUGAUGCUUAAAAGGUCAGAAGUUCCCUGGUGCCGGAACGUUGGAAGGAUGGGAAGGGAGAUUGGAGGGCUGUACAUUGGGGGUGUUUGUGCGGCUUCAGUGGCUAUAGAAGGAAGAGUUCCCAUUAUCUUCUGGGAAGUAGCCCUUCUAGAAAAAGCUGACAACCCCACCACGUAUUUAUUCCAGACCAGGCUACAGACUUACUAGAAAAUCAGCCUCACUGCCCUGGAAGGUGCUGGUCUGCUGAAAGCCAUGGGCCACAGAAGCCUUAAUUGCACAGGCUCAUGCCCCCUUUUGGUGCUGGAGUAUGUGAAUGCUAAUA